AUGGAACAUAUACAUUGGACUGAAAAAUCAAUUGAAUUUGAAAAUUUAAUUGAUGAUUCAACUAUAAAAAAACCAACACUUGCUCAAAUAGGUAAUAAAACAAUUGUUGUUGGAGUAAAAAUAGAUGGAGAGUUUAUUAUGGCAUCACCAUGUAAAGCAUAUAAUGAUCAAUUUAUUCCUAUGGAACAAGAAAUUGUUUUAUCAAGUAAACAUCAAGGUAUAUGGAAAGUAAUAUCGAGAGUAACAUCAAAAAAAGAAGAUCGUAUUCAUCGUUUAUCUACACAAGAUAUUGAAAGAAUUUAUAUACAAGAUAUGAAAAAUGAUCGUUUAAUACCUCGUUUAUAUAUUUGUACAAAAGAGAUAGAAGUAUUUGAUCUUAUCAUUCAUAGUAACGAUUUAACUGUUGUUGAUGGACAACGAAUUAUUCGACAAAUGAUGCGCAUCGAAGAAAAUGUUCAAUUUGAAAUAUGUGACAUUGGUGAAAUUGAAUAUACACCAACAGAAAAUGAACUAACAUCACAAGAUUAUAUAAUCGUGCCAAAAAGAAAAUCACGUCUACUUUUUGCUUUUCGUAAAACGGGCAGUAUCGAUGAAGAAAAAUUAAUUCGUAAUCGUGUUUUACGUUCAUUAUAUUGUGUUACAAAAAAUGAACCAUAUCCCCGUUAUUUUUUUCUUGAAGUCAAUGAAAAACCAUGUGACAUACAUCCAAUAGCUUCUGAAGGAUCAUCAGAAUUACGUUAUCUUCAUUCUACACAAAAUCUAUUUGAUUAUAUCUCAAGUUAUGAAAGUAAUAUUUCACUUUUUGUUAAAUUACUUCAAGGUAAGGUACCAAGAAAAGCAAUUAACUCCAAUGGUUAUAUGUUAUUCAGAAGAACUUUAAUUGGUGAUAAAGUUCCUAUAUAUCUUAUUAAAGAUCAUGUAAUAUGUCUUGUUAAUCCAGAUCUUCCUGUUGAAGUUAAAGUACCAAUAAACCGGCAUAGAUGGCAUACAUUAUUAGAUACUCGCAAAGCUGAACUUAAAUGUAUGCAAUUAUCACUUACAUUACUUUCUCGAGAUGAAUCAGAAAUUUAUGUUACAGUUGAAGAUGAUAAAAUUAUAGCUAAUUAUUUAAAGUCAAAUGAUAAUCCACAACAACAACAAUCAUCUGAUAGAAAUGAAAAACAUACUGAUGACGUUAAAAUUAUUCGUUAUAGUCAAAUAUUGAGUUCUAAAACUGGAAAUAAUACGCAUUUGAAACAAUUAACAUCAACAAAAAAUUUUUCAAAUAAUGAUAAAAUACUUUCCAAUCAACAAAAAACAAAAUUAACAAAAUCGACACCAUUUACUCAUUCGACAUCAGAUAAAUUUUGCCAAAAUCAUGAUAAACAAAUAAAACAAAAUGGUAACAAAAAUAAACGACAACAUUCAAAACAAGAUGAAAAAUCUCAUGAAAUUCAACAAACAAUUUUUCAAGAUAAAUCAAUUUUAUUAUCAUCAUCCUUAUCUUCUUCGACUUUUAAUAAACAUAAACAUUAA